AGUGUCGUGUGGUAUUCCAGACUUCAGAUCGAGGAAUGGUAUAUAUGCUAGGUUAGCUGUUGACUUCCCUGAUCUUCCUGAUCCUCAGGCCAUGUUUGAUAUACGAUACUUUAGAAGGGACCAGCGGCCUUUUUUCAAGUUUGCAAAGGAGAUUUAUCCAGGUCAGUUUGAGCCGUCCAGAAGUCACAAGUUUAUAAAGUUGAUAGAGGAUCAUGGGAAAUUGUUACGUAACUACACACAGAAUAUUGAUACAUUAGAACAAGUUGCAGGGAUCAAAAAUGUCAUACAGUGCCAUGGGUCAUUUGCGACAGCUACAUGUAUGACCUGCCAUCAUAAAUGCUCCAGUGAUGACAUCAGAGAAAAAAUUAUGGAUCAGGUGAUUCCUAUGUGUCCUAAGUGUGAGCCUCAGACACCUCAGUCAGUGCUGAAGCCUGAUAUUGUGUUUUUUGGAGAGAGUCUACCUGAGGAAUUUCACCAUCAGAUGUCAGUAGACAAAGACGACUGUGAUCUCCUCAUUGUGAUUGGUUCAUCUCUGAAAGUCCGACCUGUUGCUCUCAUUCCUAAUUCCCUACCUGCACAUGUUCCUCAGAUUCUCAUUAACAAAGAGCAUUUACGUAACCUAAACUUUGAUGUCGAGUUACUAGGUGAUUGUGAUAAAGUGGUUGGUGAAAUUUGUCGCCGACUUGGAGAUGACUGGGCUAAAAUUGCUGGGAGUGAAAAUAUGACUCAGAUUACCAUGGAUGAACUGCUUACCCCAACAUCAUCACCAAAACCCCCUGAAACAGAAUCUGACAAGUCUGAAGUGAAAACUGAUGAAUCUAACUGUAAGGCAGAUCAGGAACAAACUGUAAAUAGUGAAAAUUCAAGUAAUGUAACUAGUACAAGUACUGAAGUUAGGGAAAAUACUAAUAACUCGGAAGCAUCUGAAACCGAAUCAGAUGUAAAGUGCCAUUGUAACAAGGAUGUGGGGGAAGAUAAUGAAAAUGUGAAGGUGGGGAUUGAAAAAGCAGACAGUAAUGAAGUACAUGUAUGUAAAUCUGGUGGUGAAAAUCUAGCAGAAGGUACUAGUACUAAACCGUCUCAAUCAGGGGGGGAAUAUGAAACACAGAAUGUGAAAAAUAUAACAGAACCAGAGGCACGUGAUACUGGUACAGCAAAGAAAGUGGUAGAUUGUGACACAACCACAUCCACAGGCCAAGGGAAUAGUGCAAGUGCAGAAACUAAAUCUGUGUCUAAAACAGACAAUGGUAAAGUGAGUGAUGAUGCUAAACCAGGAUGUAGCUCAGAAGAUAAUCAGAAACCAAGCUCUACUGCUGAUGUGAAGAAAACAAGAAAAAUGUGGAGGCCGUAUAGGCAGAAUGUUGCUUUACGGCUCGAAAGUAAUCAGUUCUGCUUCGUUCCACCACAUAAGUACAUUUUCCCGGAAGCGGAAUAUUUCACAUGGGUGAAGUCAGACUCUGAGAGUGAUGAUGACUCUGAUCAUGAUAGAGACACUACCAUGGAUUCGUCUAGAGAAUUUAGCCUAAUCCAUACAACCACUGACAGUAGUGCAAUAGAUGGGGACGUCAUAGAUUUGACUACUGAUGAUGAAGAUGAUAAGGGAGUAGAUUUGAGGAAAGGUGCAGAUGACAGGGAUGUUGGUAAGGACUCGGAAGUCAAAACUGAUCAAACGGAUCCUGUUAAAGAUGUACAAGAUAAUACUGCCGAAAUAAUUAUAGACUGAAAUUGUUUAGAUUUUUUUUACACUGGAAUAUGAAAAUAUGUACAUUGUUUUGUUACCCGAAAUAUGAUCUCCCAGUCAUUAGCAGACAUACUGAUUUUCUCUUUUUUUAUUCAUUUUUUUUGUCUUAGUUUAUUAAUUUCAUCAGUUUCAAAAUGGUAAGGAAAAUAUUAUGUUACAAGCUUUUAGUUCACCAGAGUAGCAUGAGCUCAAGGUGAGCAGUUGUGAUCACCUUUAAGUUACUUGUCAACCCAACAGAAACAAGAGAAAAUCCCCUCUGAACCUGCAGACCAAUUUUAAAAUAAUUUGGCAGAAAAUAUAUCCUGUUAUACAAGUUUGAGCUGUGAAACUCUGGUGAGCAAUAUAGGACCAUCAUGGUUCUCUUGUUUUACCAAAAGGCAGCUAUAAUUUGGAUUUUUUUUUGUAAAGCUGUGUUUCAUUGUAAUUAUCACCAGUAUCAUCAGAGCAUUUUCAUCAUCAUCAUCAUCAUCAUCAUCAUCAUUAUCAUCACUAAAGAAAAAAGCACAAGUAAUCUAAGUAUCUUCAUUAUUUGUAAGAGUUCCUGUUUUUCAUAUUUUUCAAAUGUAUAGCAUAGUUUUCCGUUACAGUUUUUAUUUAGAAGUCUGACUUCUUGGGAAAGAACAUCAAACUUUCCUAAAAGCAGUGUUGCUAAAUUAUUCAGGGAAUUUCAUUGGUGAAAGUUUAUACUAUAUGACAAAAAAGUACUGACAAAAAUGGCAUUAUACUGAUGGAAAUACUUGCCUGGUUGGUAUUUAUUCACCUAGUUCUGAAAUAUUUCUUGUGUAUAAUUUAAUAUUCUACUUGGUAGCUCUGUUUUUGUUUGAAUAAAUAUAAUCUCACACUGCUGUCAGCCAACGUGUCUCGUUAUUUUAGAUACUGUUUUAUUUAUUGAAAACCUGGUAGCUUUGUUAAGAUUUCUGUUUUUCUUGUUGCUCUCAGAUGGAAAUGAUGAAAGUCUCUGCUUUGCUUACUCAGUUAUUGUAUUAAGUUAAUAAGGUUUUGGAUGAAUUAAGCUUAGUUUUUACAAAAUGAGACACAGAGGAGAAUUUAACACAAUUAUUUGUUCUAAAAAUGUGAACAGGAUAUUGACUUGUAUUUUCACACAUUUUGCAAUGUCUUUUAAAUCUGAUUUUGAGUUAGGUGAUUUUUGGUCAUACUUUCUCAUCUAAACCAAAGGUAGGCUACAAGGCAAGCUGUUAGUGUGUGAAGAAGGAUGGUCAAACUGCUGAAUUGGCAAAAAGCUAGAGCAUUGAAUUUUGCUGUUGCCAUAUUAAAGUUGUGAAGUAGCUGAAUAUUGGCUUCUAUUUUGUGGUGAAAAAAAACCCCUGUACUUUUCAUGAUACAUGUGACAUAUAUUUUAGGUCAAAUGGUUAAGGAUAGAUGAGUAAAUUAGGGCUGUCAGAUGGCCCUCAGGUUGUGAUUCACUUGCAAUUAUGACAUUAUAUUCUAGAGAGUAAAAUGUUUCUUGUCCCAAACAGAAAUUUCGCCAUUUACAUCAGAGAGGGACAAUAUGUUGCAUAAAUAUGCAUAUUUUUAUUGUUGUGUAUAUUUUUUUGUGUCUUGUAUAUAUUCAUGUAAUAUGCUACCCAGGUUAUGGAAGAUCUCUUCCCUGAUUUAGAGUAUGGCGGAUUGUAUAAGAUAAAUUGAUUCACAUUGUUGUAAAGGGUUAUUUUGUCAAUUUCUUUUAAACCUUGUAAUGGUCAUGUUAACUUACAUAUUUUUAUUAUUCUAGUUGGUUACAUAACAUUUUGAAGGUGACAUAAAAUAUCUUAAAAUUAAUCCUAUGGAAAACACAAAAUGUCUAUUGACAACAUUAAUUUAAAUGCAAUAUCUUAAUGUUAGAAUAUCUAAAAUAGCGCAUCUAGGAAAAAUAGAUAAUGUAUGAUCAGAAAUCAUGAUAAUGUGCUUUUUGUCUAAAAAUUUCUAAUGUAUUCAGAUAGGAGCCAGCUGUAUAUUUCCCACAUUCAUUAACCUGAAUAUGUGGGCACUCAUGCAUAUAAUUAUACAUAUUCAGUUUUGGUCCACCUUUAAUGAUUUUUUGUUCACCUGAGCCCUCUCACUUAGCUCAAUAGGGAGAGCGCAGAUCUACGGAACGUGGGGUCGCGAGUUCGAGCCCAGGGCGAGGCCUAUGUUCUCUGUGACGAUUUGAUAAAAGACAUUGUAUCUCAAAUCAUUCAUCCUCCACCGCUGUUUCAUGUGGAGAAGUUGGCAGUUACUUGCGGAGAACAGGUUUGUACUGGUACAGAAUCCAGGAACACUGGUUAGGUUAACUGUCCGCCGUUAUAUAACUGAAAUACUGUUGAAAAACAGCGUUAAACCCAAAACAAACAAGCUGAACCAGCAGUUUAGGGACCGUGAGCUAUUAGUGUAGGUGUAAGGUUUGGCAACCACAUUUUCACUGUUAACACACUUGAGGUCACAACUUUUACCCAGUCUUACUGAAACUUAGAAUGUUUGCCUCAACAAAGUCUUGAACAAGUUUCUAACUGUAUUAUAAAAAAAUAGGUCACAUUUAAAACAAUAAAAAAACUUAAUACACAGAGGCGUUAUUUUCUAUUUGAUAUAUAUGGGACAUUGUAUACACUCUAGAAGCCAUAGUUUCUAACUGAUCUUUUAUGAAAGAUCUAGGUUUGGGUUGAAAGUGGGUCAUGAGAUCAAGUCAUAGGAAAAUAUUGUAAAUGCUCCAGAUGCCACAUUUCCUUCCUGAACUACAUGAAACCUUGUCAGAAUGUUUGUCUUUAUUGGAUUUAGGUCCAGCUCAAAAGCGUAUCGGGGUCACAAACUAGGUCAUAAAUUCAAAUUACAAUAAAACUUUGUUAAUAUUCAAGAAGCACUAUCGUCUAAUUGACAAAACAUGAAACCUGGUCAGCUUGUUUGUCUGUAUACCAUUUAGGUGAAAUUAGAACCUUGGUUAUCUUUGGUAAAAAACUAAGUUGUUGUGUCAGAUCAUAGAAAAAACAUUAUUCACACUCUAGAAUUGGCCUUUCUACCUGAUCUGGGGCCUCCAUGGCCGAGUAGUUAAGGUUGCUGACUUUGAAUAUCUUGCCCCUCACCAAUAUGGGUGCGAGCCUCACACGGGGCGUUAACUUGUUCAUGAGAGGAAGCCAUCCAGUUGGCUUACUGAAGGUCAAUGGUUUUACCCAGGUGCCCACUUGUGAUGAAAUAAUACAAGGAGGGGCACCUGGGGUCUUCCUCCACCAUCAAAGCUCUAAAGUCACCUGUUCUUGUGUGGGUGUGAUGUUAAAGCCAACAAAAACAAAACAAAUUCUACCUGAUCUUUACCAAAAAUUUCAGAAUGUUUGUCGUUAUAGAUAUAAGGCAGUUCUGAAACUGAAUCACCAUGAUACAAAAAACAUGAUUUGCACUUUGAACUAUCUAUUUUUGACUGGAUAUUAAUGAAUCUUUUUUUGUCAUGUACUCAGGUGAGAGAAUUAGUGCCAUUAUGGUCCCUUUGUUGAACAUAUUAGUUUCACAUUCCCCAUACAAAAGACUUAUUUAUCCUCUUACCCGCUAAGCACUUGAAACAGGAUAUACAUUGGUUAUACCUUUCUUUUAGAAAGGUUUUAGAUUUAAAUAGGAAAUUGAAAAAAAAACUCCUUUAUAGCAAAGGUGAAUCAAAUAAUUUGUUCCUAAAAGACAAGUUGAUAUUAACAAUUGUUAUUAGUGGCAUGUUUUAUAUGCUGUUGUUGAAGAAUUCAUAUGAGCCGCGCCAUGAGAAAACCAACAUAGUGGCUUUGUGACCAGCAUGGAUCCAGACCAGCCUGCGUAUCUGUGCAGCCUGGUCAGGAUCCAUGCUGGAUGCUAACAGGUUCUCUGAUUACAAUAGGCUUUGAAAGCGAACAGCAUGGAUCCUGACCAGACUGCGCGGAUGCCACUAUGUUGGUUUUCUCAUGGCACGGCUUAAUUAUACACAUUUGAGCCGCACCAUGAGAAAACCAACAUAGUGCAUUUGCGAUGCGCAGGCUGGUCUGGAUCCAUGCUGGUCGCAAACGCAGUGUUGAUUUUCUCAUGGUGCAGCUCAUUUAUAGUGGUUUUUAUUAGCGAUUUGAAAUAUAAUGAGACAAUGCGGAAAUGUUCUUUCUGUGUUAAGAAUGAGCAUUCCUGUGUAAAUAAAUGUAUUUAAUGUAUAGAGUGUGUUGAUGACUAUACUACAAUUUUGAAUGUUAACUCAGAUGCAUAGCAACAUUAUUUCAACCUUCUAAUUUUCCUAGACAUAGUUUUAUCAAGGAAUAUGAUGAAAUGUUUUACCACAUUGAAACCUCGAGUCAUUUAUAUAUGAUACAGAUAAACAUGUUUCAUAGAGUCCUGUUUGACUAAUGUGGUCUUUGGACUGGUAAAAGUCAGUGUUACAGUAUUGCAACAUUUUAUGCCACAUGUUCUUGUAUUUCUUAAUGAUUUUAUUGGGUUAUGUUUAAAUAAUUACUUGAAAAGAAAAUUCUGAUUAACAAUAAAAAAACUGAACUGUUAAUUGGACCCAUUUUUUAGCUCACCUGUCACAAAGUGACAAGGUGAGCUUUUGUGAUCGCGCGGUGUCCGUCGUCAGUCCGUGCGUGCGUGCGUGCGUGCAUGCGUCCGUGCGUCCGUAAACUUUUGCUUGUGACCACUCUAGAGGUCACAUUUUUCAUGGGAUCUUUAUGAAAGUUGGCCAGAAUGUUUAUCUUGAUGAUAUCUAGGUCAAGUUCGAAACUGGGUCACGUGCCGUCAAAAACUAGGUCAGUAGGUCUAAAAAUAGAAAAACCUUGUGACCUCUCUAGAGGCCAUAUAUUUCACAAGAUCUUCAUGAAAAUUGGUCAGAAUGUUCACCUUGAUGAUAUCUAGGUCAAGUUCGAAACUGGGUCACGUGCCAUCAAAAACUAGGUCAGUAGGUCUAAAAAUAGAAAAACCUUGUGACCUCUCUAGAGGCUAUAUAUUUCACAAGAUCUUCAUGAAAAUUGGUCAGAACGUUCACCUUGAUGAUAUCUAGGUCAAGUUUGAAACUGGGUCACAUGCCUUCAAAAACUAGGUCAGUAGGUCAAAUAAUAGAAAAACCUUGUGACCUCUCUAGAGGCCAUAUUUUUCAUGGGAUCUGUAUGAAAGUUGGUCUGAAUGUUCAUCUUGAUGAUAUCUAGGUCAAGUUCGAAACUGGGUCACAUGCGGUCAAAAACUAGGUCAGUAGGUCUAAAAAUAGAAAAACCUUGUGACCUCUCUAGAGGCCAUAUAUUUCAUGAGAUCUUCAUGAAAAUUGGUCAGAAUGUUCACCUUGAUGAUAUCUAGGUCAUGUUCGAAAGUGGGUCAUGUGCCUUCAAAAACUAGGUCAGUAGGUCAAAUAAUAGAAAAACCUUGUGACCUCUCUAGAGGCCAUAUUUUUCAUGGGAUCUGUAUGAAAGUUGGUCUGAAUGUUCAUCUUGAUGAUAUCUAGGUCAAGUUCGAAAGUGGGUCACAUGCCAUCAAAAACUAGGUCAGUAGGUCAAAUAAUAGAAAAAUCUUGUGACCUCUCUAAAGGCCAUAUUUUUCAUGGGAUCUGUAUGAAAAUUGGUCUGAAUGUUCAUCUUGAUGAUAUCUAGGUCAGAUUCGAAACAGGGUCAUGUGCGGUCAAAAACUAGGUCAGUAGGUCUAAAAAUAGAAAAACCUUGUGACCUCUCUAGAGGCCAUACUUGUGAAUGGAUCUCCAUAAAAAUUGGUCAGAAUGUUCACCUUGAUGACAGCUAGGUCAAGUUUGAAACUGGGUCACGUGCCUUAAAAAACUAGGUCAGUAGGUCAAAUAAUAAAAAAACCUUGUGACCUCUCUAGAGGCCAUACUUUUCAUGGGAUCUGUAUGAAAGUUGGUCUGAGUGUUCGGCUUGAUGAUAUCUAGGUCAAGUUUGAAACUGGGUCAACUGCGAUCAAAAACUAGGUCAGUAGGUCUAAAAUUAUUAAAAUCUUUUGACCUCUCUAGAGGCCAUAUUUUUCAAUGGAUCUUCAUGAAAAUUGGUCAGAAUGUUCACCUUGAUGAUAUCUAGGUCAGUUUCGAAACUGGGUCACGUGCGAUCAAAAACUAGGCCAGUAGGUAUAAAAAUAGAAAAACCUUGUGACCUCUCUAGAGGCCAUAUUUUUCAUGUGAUCUUCAUGAAAAUUAGUGAGAAUGUUCACCUUGAUGAUAUCUAGGUAAAGUUCAAAACAGGGUCACGUACCUUCGAAAACUAGGUCAGUAGGUCAAAUAAUAGAAAAACCUUGUGACCUCUCUAGAGACCAUAUUUUUUAAUGGAUCUUCAUGAAAAUUGGUCAGAAUUUUUAUCUUGAUAAUAUCUAGGUCAAGUUUAAAACUGGGUCACAUGAGCUCAAAAACUAGGUCACUAUGUCAAAUAAUAGAAAAAACGACGUCAUACUCAAAACUGGGUCAUGUGGGAAGAGGUGAGCGAUUCAGGACCAUCAUGGUCCUCUUGUUUACAUGACUGUCUAAGUGUACCAGUAAUUAUAUUCACUGUUUGAUUCAGCUGUUCUAUGACAAGGUUUCAAACUGAUUCAUAUAAAAGUAUUAGACAAUAUCAUAAAUGUCUUAUAUUAGGAUUUUAUUUUUAACCCUUAUCAUGCUGGACACGAUUGAUUCUGCCUUUGCGACCAGUGCAGUCUGGUCAUGACCUGCACUGUUUGCAAUUCAGUAUCUUUUUGGUAUGCACCCCUUUUAACAGGUAAUGGCAUGACUUGAACAUUGUUAAUCAGGAGGGCAGUUCCAUUUAAUAAAUCAAGUAUUUACAAGUCCCGGAAGUAGGUUUUAAAUUUUGAAACUGACAUUAAUGGAUGCUAAAGAAGAUAUUACUGGUGAUAAAUAAGAGGAGCAUUCUUUUACAGCUGUUUAUAUCACAGUAAUAUUCUUUUAAAUCGCAAUUAUAAUUUUUACGUAACCAAAUUUUUUUUGUUCAAGAUAUAAGAGGCGUAGGAUGGCACACUCAUCUCCGUGUGACACAGUCAGUAAUUGUACAAAAUAAAUCAACAGCUUACAUAACAGUUUUAUCUGAUUUCGUCUUUGGCUUUUUUUUCUGAUUUUUUUUAUUACUGUUAAUCUAGUUUUUAUUGGCUUGUUUUACAAUAAACAUAUGUAUUAUGUUAAGGUGAUGACCGUCCUUGAUCUUUUUCUGUUUCCACAGGGACCUGACGUCAUUUCAGGUUACGUCUUCGUGUCUUGAUUCUAGGACAGAAAGACUUAACUUCUAGAUUUUUUUUCAUGUCCAGACUCUUUAAUUAGAAACUGUAACAGAUACAGCUUUCAAACUUUAUUUUAUAAGUUAACAUCACUUGAGAAACAUCCCUGGUUGUGUUUAUGUUUUGGGGUCAAUAGGUCAAAGGGUCAAUGUCAUAGUGACCUGGAGACUGAAAAUUGUGUGCAGACUCUGAGUCAUAGGGUAUAAUAGCUACGCCUAUUGAACUUUAUACAGUGACUGAGUAUCAGUUCCUGAAGAUCCCUAUUGAUUUUGGGGUCAGUGGCUCACCAGUCAAGGUCACAAGGAAUGCCUCCGCUAUCUUUAUAUAGGCCGAUAAAACUGUUAUUAGGGAAAUUGAAUGGUAGGUGCAUCCACAACAGUUUUUCACCACCUGACUUGAGCAGUUCUUAUCCAGUGUUCACCAAACUUUGUCAAAAUAUAAACAAGUGUAAUAUCUAACCUGCUGGGUCUUACAAGUCUCUCUGGAGUUAUGUCCCUUGAGAUACUAAAAAUUACGAAAAUUAACUGUCAAAUUGUAGCAGUUCGUAUUCGGUAAACUUGUCACAGUGUUUUUGAACAUAAGUUGGCCAAGCUAGGUAACCAGCUGGAUUAUCCAAGUCUCUUUGCAGUUAUUACUGUUGAAUUAUCAAAAAUUGACAAAUGAGCCACGCCAUGAGAAAACCAAUAUAGUGCAUUUGUGACCAGCAUUGAUUCAGACCAGCCUGCGCAUCUAUGCAGUCUGGUCAGGAUCCAUGCUGUUUGCUUUCAAAGCUUUCUGCAAUUAAAGAAACCAUUAGUGAACAGCAUGGAUCCUGACCAGACUGCACGAAUGUGCAGUCUGGUCUGGAUCCAUGCUGGUCGCAAAUGCACUAUGUUGGUUUUCUCAUGGUGUGGUUCAUUAAUGUCUUUGUUCUGUUUUGAACAGUUCUUAUUCAUUACUCACCAAACUGAGCCACAGUGUUCAUUUGCAUAAUAUAUCAAUGAAGUUUGAUAACUUUCCAGCUUUUUGUUGGCUGCGGAGUAAAUUGCUUAAAUUAUCAGUGUCCACUCUGUAACGUAAGUAGUUCUUACCCAGUGUUCACCAAAUGUUCACAUAAUGUUUAUUGUUACAACAACUCAAAUUAGUUAACUAACCAGCCAUAUUGUUUCAGUCACUCUUGGGUUAUGGCCCUUAGAAUUGCGAAAAUUGACAUUAUUAGCUCAGUGAUGAGCAGUUCUUUUCAAACAAAUGUAAUUUAAGUGUGAUCUGUGUGGGCUCAUUAAAAAAGAUCAUGUUUCAUUCACAAACUUUUACAUAAUUGUCAAUUUAUUCAUGUUCAGAGGUGACUUAUAUCAGAUUUUGUUGGAGUGGUUUCUGAAUUGUCAAUAUUUAACCUUUACCCUACUAAAUUUGAGAAAUGGAAUGGUCAAUCAUUCAAUUUGAGCAAUACCAUUUAUUAUUCAAAGGGGUGUUCACAGAAAACUUACUGACUGAAUAGCAAACAGUGCAGACCAUGAUCAAGUGCAGGCUAAUCUUGGUCUGCACUGGUCACAAAGGAAAAACCAAUGGCCACCAACAGGCUAAAGAUUAAUAGAAAAUAAUUGUGUCUCUGAUGUCACAUUUAACUGUUAGUAUGUAGACGUUAUUUUGAGUUUGUUUUUAGUGCUGUGGUACAGAUGAAACACAAUCAUUUGAUUGCUUGUUUAUGAUGAAAUCAUUUUACCAUUUUUAUUUAAGUAUUGUACAUAAAUAGUGAGGUCUCUCGCAUGUAUGGCCUAAUUCAUUAUAAGUUCACCUGAACUGAAGCUUCAGGUUGAGCUAUUAGUAUAGUUGGUUGGUUCGGUAUUCAUUGUUCACAAUUUACAUAAAUAUAUUCCUGGAAUUACACCAAACUGGGUAUGUAGGAUCUUGGUGAUGUGAUACUGCUUGCCCCUUUUUAGAGGCUGUCAGAGCUAAAAAUAGAAGAAGAAAAACUUUAAAUGACUUCUUCUGGAAGCAUGUAGAAGAUCUUCAUCAAACUUUAUCUGUAUUAUUAUCAUAAUACUCCCCCUUCCAGGUUUUGCUCAAUUUGGGCAUCGGGCCCAUUUUAAGGGUUACUAGAGCUAAAAUAGAAAUACUGUUAAACAACAUUCUCUCGUGAAAUGGUUGAUGAAACAUUGAACUUGAUCUAUAGCAACAUUAUACGGCCCUCUCCCAACUUUGCUCAAUUGGGGUCAUUUGUCUUCUUUUAGGGAUAAGUAGAGCAAAUCAUGGAAAUACUAUUCAACAACUUACCGUAAUUCUAAUGAACUGCUUUAUGAAUCUUCAUCAAUUUUAUCGCUAGAGGUACAAUUAGAAAUACUUUAAACAGCAUCUUUUCAGGAACUGCUUGAAGGAUCUUCAUCAAACUUGUUGUGUAGCAUCAUUAUAGGUUCUCUCACAAAUUUGUCCAAAGGAAGCACUUGAACUCUUUCCAGGGGCACUAGAGCCAACAAUAAAAAAACUUAUAAACAGUUUAGUGUUUUUAGCCCACCAUCAUCAGAUGGUGGGCUAUUAAAAUCACUCUGCGUCCGUGGUCCGUCCGUCCGUCAUUCCGUCCGUCCGUCCGUCCGUCCGUCCGUCCGUUAACAAUUUCUCGUUAUCGCAUCUCCUCAGAAACUACUGGGGGGAUUUUGACCAAACUUUGUCAGAAUGAUGUAUUGGUACCCUAGUUGUGUCCCCCUGAAAAUCAGACUGGUUCAACAAUUUAUGAGUGAGUUAUGGCCCUUUGUUUAUUUCUAUAAUUUACAUAGAUUAUAUAAGGAAAAACUUUGAAAACCUUCUUGUCCAAAACCACAGAGCCUAGGGCUUUGAUAUUUGGUAUGAAGCAUCAUCUAGUAGUCCUCUACCAAGAUGAUUCAAAUUAUUUCUCUGGGGUCAAAUAUGGCCCCGCCCUGGGGGUCACAUGGUUAUAUAGACUUAUAUAGGGAAAAACUUAGAAAUAUUUCUUGUCCAAAACCACAGGGCCUAGGGCUUUGAUAUUUUGUAUGUGACAUCAUCUAGUGGUCUUCAACUAAGAUCGUUCAAAUUAUACCCCUAGGGUCAAAUAUGGCCCCACCCUGGGGGUCAUAUGGUUUACAUAGACUUAUAUAGGGAAAGACUUUGAAAAUCUUCUUGUCCAAACCACAAAGCCUAGGGCUUUGAUACUUGUAAUGUAGCAUCAUCUAGUGGUUCUCUACCAAGUUUUUUCAAAUUAUCCCCCUAGGGUCAAAUAUGGCUCUGCCCCGUGGGUCACAUGGUUCAUAUAGACUUAUAUAGGGAAAAGCUUUUAAGAUCUUUUGUCAAUAACUACAACAUUCAAAUUUGGACCACAUGUAUAUUUUUGAGUGGCAAGAUGAACCUUGACAUGAGUUGACCUUGAUUUUGACCUAGUGACCUACUUUCACAUUUCUGUAGCUACAACCUUCAAAUUUGGACCACAUGCAUAGUUUUGUGCACUUGAAAAAACUUUGACCUUGAUUUUGACCUAGUGACCUACUUUCAGAUUUUUGAAGGUACAGGUAUCAAAUUUGGACCAUAUGCAUAGUUCCGUGUUUCAAAAUGAAAUUUGACAUUGAUUUUGACCUAGUGACCUACUUUCACAUUUUUGAAGGUACAGUCUUCAAAUUUGGACCACAUGCAUAGUUUUGUGUUCCGAAAUUAAAUUUGACCUUGAUUUUGACCCAGUGACCUACUUUCUCAUUUCUCAAGCUACAGCCUUCAAAUUUGGACCACAUGCAUGGUUUUAUGUACCGAAACAAACUUUGACCUGUACAUUGACCUAGUGACCUACUUUCACAUUUUUGAAGGUACAAGCUUCAAAUUUGGACCACAUGCAUAGUUCUGUAUUCUGAAAUAAAACUACAUGGACCACAUGCAUAGUUUUGUGCACUUGAAAAAACUUUGACCUUGAUUUUGACCUAGUGACCUACUUUCAGAUUUUUGAAGGUACAGGUAUCAAAUUUGGACCAUAUGCAUAGUUCCGUGUUUCAAAAUGAAAUUUGACAUUGAUUUUGACCUAGUGACCUACUUUCACAUUUCUCAAGCUACAGCCUUCAAAUUUGGACCACAUGCAUAUUUUUGUGUACCGAAUUGAACUUUGACCUUAAGAUUGACCUAGUGACCUACUUUCACAUUUCUGUAGCUACAGGCCUCAGAUUUGGACCACUUGCUUAGGAUUGUGUACCGAAACAAACUUUGACCUUGACAUUGACCUAGUGACCUACUUUCACAUUUUUGAAGGUACAGGCUUCAGAUUUGGACCACAUGCAUAGAUUUGUGUUCUGAAGUGAAAUUUGACCCUUGAUUUUGACCUAGUGACCUACUUACACAUUUCUCAAGCUAAGCCUUCAAGUUCGGACCACUUGCAUAGUUUUGUAUACCGAAUUAAACUUUGACCUUAAGAUUGAUCUAGUGACCUACUUUCACAUUUCUCGAGCUACAGCUUUCGAAUUUGGACCACAUGCACAGUGUUGUGUACGGAAAUGAAAUUUGACCUUGAGCUAGUCAGUAAGUCUUGAAAUUUGGAACACUCAAAAAUGGCACUUGGUGGGCGCCAAGAUCACUCUGUGAUCUCUUGUUUCUCAUGAACUACUUGAUUUACUUUUAUGGAACUUGGUUUGAAUCAUCAUUGUAGGGUACUCCAUCAAAUUUCUUUAAUUGGAAACACUUAGGUCCUUUCAGGGGCCACUAGAGCUUAAAAUUAGGAAUUUUUAAAAGGCUUCUUAUGUACCGCUUGAUGGAUCUUCACCAAACUUGGUCUUUAGCAUCACUAUAAGGUUCUGUCCUAUUUUGUACAAAUGGAAGCACUUGGCCCCAUUUAGGAGCUGCUACAGCUAAAAAUCUUCUAAAAACCUUCUUCUGAUGAACCGCAUGAUGAAUCUUAAGCAAACUUAGAAUGUUGUUUCAUUAUUAGGUCCUCACUUUAGUUUGUUAAAAUGUAGACACUUCCCCCAUUUUAAGGAACACUUGUGCUGAAAAAGAAAUGUCUUUAAAUGGUUUUGAUCUUGAAAUUAUCUGGACACUUAAAAUAGAAACACCUUUAAACAGUUUUUUUUUGUCAUGAAGCACUUUAUGGAUCUUCAUCAAAUUUGGUCUCUUAAAUUUCAUUGGACAAAGGCACUUGGUCCCAUUAAGGGAUCAUUAGAGCUUUAAGUAGAAAUGUCUUUGAAUGACCUUUCCCUAUGAACUUUGACUUACGGAUCUGAAUAAAACAUGGCGGUAAAUUUUUUUGUCCUCUCAUAUGUGUUUCUUUUGUACCAAACACAGUUUUUAGUGUUACCAUUAAUGAUUCAGUGUGUUAUCCAUAUAUUCAAGGUCAAAUAGUCAAGGACAGGUGAGCGACUUAGGGCCAUUGUGGCCCUCUUUUGAUGAUAUUGGCUGGUGUCGUUUGUCAAUAAAGCCAAACUAUGGUGUUUUCACUAUAGUCUCUGGUAUUUUAAAUAUCAAACAAAACCAUUGUGUCGUACUAGUUGAUAUUUUGUACUUCAAACUAACCUACCAGCCUGAUCAUUAUAUAUGCCAGAAAAUAUGCAUGAAUGAACGGGUACUUUGUUAAUAAAUAUUUGAUACUC